AACCGAAAAGCGGAGCGAGGGAGUUAGGGCUUAUGAAGAAGAUUGGUGAGUACGAGACAGUGAAGUAAAUCAGAGUGGUGAAACGAACCAGCUUUGCUCGAAUUCUCUCAAAGCUUCCACAUAGUAGUGGGAGACCUGGAACAGAAUCGCCAUGGCGCUGGCUUUCGAUGAGUACGGAAGGCCAUUCAUAAUCAUCAAAGAGCAGGAGCAGAAGACCAGAUUAAGAGGCAUCGAUGCUCAGAAGGCCAACAUUUCCGCUGGUAAAGCCGUCGCUCAAAUCCUCAAGACCUCUCUCGGUCCCAAGGGCAUGGACAAGAUGCUCCAGAGCCCCGAUGGCGAUGUCACCAUUUCAAAUGAUGGUGCAACAAUUUUGGAGAUGAUGGAUGUUGACAACCAAAUUGCAAAAUUGAUGGUCGAGCUGUCGCGUAGUCAGGAUUACGAAAUUGGUGAUGGGACAACUGGGGUUGUUGUUUUGGCUGGUUCACUUCUGGAGCAGGCUGAGAGGCUACUAGAACGUGGUAUUCAUCCAAUUCGAGUUGCUGAGGGCUAUGAAAUGGCCUCAAGGAUAGCUGUUGAGCAUCUGGAGCGAAUAGCUACUAAAUACGAAUUUGAUGCAUCAAAUAUAGAGCCUCUAGUUCAAACUUGUAUGACCACAUUAUCAUCAAAGAUUGUGAACCGGUGUAAGCGUGAUUUGGCUGAGAUUGCUGUUAAAGCAGUUCUUGCCGUUGCAGAUUUAGAGAGGAAGGAUGUUAAUUUAGAAUUAAUAAAGGUGGAGGGUAAAGUGGGGGGCAAAUUGGAAGAUACUGAGCUGAUAUAUGGAAUUAUUCUUGACAAGGAUAUGAGCCAUCCUCAGAUGCCUAAGCAAAUUGAAGAUGCUAAAAUUGCUAUCUUGACAUGCCCCUUUGAGCCCCCGAAGCCAAAAACUAAACAUAAGGUUGACAUUGAUACUGUGGAGAAGUUCCAAACUUUACGUGGGCAAGAACAAAAGUACUUUGACGACAUGGUUCAACAAUGCAAGGAUGUUGGUGCUACCUUGGUAAUCUGUCAAUGGGGUUUUGAUGAUGAAGCAAAUCAUCUUUUGAUGCACCGAAACUUACCUGCUGUAAGAUGGGUUGGUGGUGUAGAGUUGGAACUGAUUGCAAUAGCCACCGGUGGAAGAAUUGUGCCAAGAUUCCAGGAGUUGACUCCUGAGAAAUUGGGAAAGGCUGGAAUUGUUCGAGAGAAAGCAUUUGGUACAACGAAGGAUCGAAUGCUGUACAUUGAACACUGUGCAAAUUCAAGGGCUGUAACUGUAUUUAUCCGUGGAGGUAACAAAAUGAUGAUAGAGGAGACCAAGCGUAGUAUCCAUGAUGCAUUGUGUGUUGCUAGGAAUCUUAUUCGUAACAAUUCUAUUGUCUACGGUGGUGGGUCAGCUGAGAUAUCUUGCUCAGUUGCUGUAGAGGCAGCCGCAGAUAAAUACCCUGGAGUUGAGCAGUAUGCUAUCAGAGGAUUUGCUGAUGCUCUGGAUGCUGUACCUAUGGCACUAGCGGAGAAUAGUGGUCUCCAACCCAUUGAAACGCUGUCUGCCGUAAAAUCUCAGCAAAUCAAGGAGAACAAUCCCUACUGCGGAAUCGAUUGCAACGAUGUUGGCACUAAUGACAUGCGUGAGCAGAAUGUUUUUGAGACACUCAUUGGAAAGCAGCAGCAGAUCUUGCUGGCUACACAAGUUGUGAAGAUGAUAUUGAAAAUAGAUGAUGUUAUCUCCCCUAAUGAGUACUAAGUUUUGGGCUUUUAUGAUAAAUGAAAGGUGCCUUGUAUGGUUCACUCGGCAUGAAUGUGGUUUUCUUUACAGAGUGACUUUUUGACAAUAUUUGAAUUUGAUGGAUACUUGGUUGCUUGUAGUAGCUUUUUUGAGGUGGCUUCAUUGAAAUUUUAUGGCAUUUGCUACUCCUUUUGUGUUAA